GUGACGUAAUCAAUCAUCUAGAGCACGCUUCGUUUCCGGUUUGAAAGAAUUCGAUGUGGAAGCCGAACGCACGCGCCUGUAGCGUGUACUGGGAGCGCGUGGGCACAGGAGUUUAUUUGAGUAAAACCAGUCAGAUUACGUAACCAUGCCGACUCUCAGUCAGAAUGUUCUCUUUGGCAUGGGGAACCCGCUGUUGGAUAUCUCUGCGGUGGUGGAUAAAGAUUUCUUGGAUAAGUAUGGCUUAAAGCCCAAUGAUCAAAUCCUGGCAGAGGACAAGCACAAAGCUCUAAACCUGGCAGCAGCAAACUGCUACAAUAAAGAAAAACACCUUGAUGUUGAGAAGAACUGGAGUCUGGUGGAGAAAGCUCAAGUUUACUACAUUGCAGGCUUCUUUCUGACCGUCUCUCCAGAAUCUAUUCUGAAAGUGGCCAAACACGCAUCUGAUAACAAUAAGAUAUUCGGUCUCAACCUCUCUGCGCCUUUCAUCAGUCAGUUCUUUAAAGAGCCGCUGAUGAAGGUCAUGCCGUAUGUGGACAUCAUCUUCGGGAAUGAAACUGAGGCUGCUACAUUUGCAAAGGAGCAAGGCUUUGAGACAGAAGAUAUUACAGAGAUUGCUCACAAGGUCCAGUGUCUGCCCAAAGUAAAUAAAAACAGGCAGAGGAUUGUGGUCUUUACCCAGGGCAGAGAAGAUACUGUGGCUACUGUGGGUGAUCGUGUGAAAGUGUUUCCUGUUUUAGACAUUGACCAGAAUGAUAUUGUUGAUACUAAUGGUGCUGGUGAUGCUUUUGUGGGAGGAUUCCUGUCCGAGUUGGUUAAGGAGAAGUCUCUGGAGGAUUGUAUCCGGGCAGGACACUACGCUGCCCACGUCAUCAUCCGGCGAGCAGGCUGCACCUUUCCAGAAAAACCUGAUUACCAUUAACUCUCCUUCAUCCUCGUAUACUCGAUCUUUCCAUCUCAUUCUUUCAAAUAUACCAGCAUCACAAGCCGCAGUCCUUGCACUGGUUUACAGAUGUGUAUUGUUAUUUAUGGGCAUUUAUAAGGAUUACCACAACCUUACCGCAAAAACAAACCUUGUCAUAAACAUCUAUUGAAGCCACACAAUCAUUUCUAUAUUUAAAUAGAAUCUAUUGAAGAUCCAUUCUGUUACGUAAAGUAAGUGCAUUUAUAUUUCUCAAAAAAUAAAUAUUAAAUUAAAUCAACAGGAUUAUUUAAUGGAUGUUUAGCUCAUUUGUAUUGAGUGAAAGCUUUUGUUUUUCAAGUCUAUAUUGUUUCGAAACACCAAAUUGUAUCUUAAACGCACAAUGUUUAAAUAUGCAGAAGCUGUUUCAGAUAUGGAGAUUUCCACUCGAUCUUAUCGUCUCUAAAUGUAACAGUUCAACUGACUUUGAUCUUUAAUAAAAAAGAUUUUAAUAGGUUGUA